AUGAGUUCAUUAAUAAAUUCGCUGCUAUUUAAAGGUUUUAUAAAAAAGAAAGAAAAUAAAAAUGAAGAAAAUAACAGAGAUAUACAAAAUAAUGAAAGUAAUAGUAAUGUGAAUGAAAUAAAUAUGAACAAUCUGUCAAGAAAGGAAAGCAAGGAAAGGAUAAACAACAAUAAAAAGAAGAAUAAUAUUAAGGAUAAUAAUAAAAGAAGUGAUCAUAAUAAAAAAAGUGACCACAAUAACAAAAGUGACCACAAUAAAAAAAGUGACCACAAUAAAAAAAGUGACCACAAUAAAAAAAGUGACCACAAUAACAAAAGUGACCACAAUAAAAAAAGUGACCAUAAUAAAAAAAGUAACCAUAUUAAUUGUAAUGAUAACCUUGAUAAAAAUAUUAUUUAUCAUAAAAAUGAAGGACGUGAUGAGAAUGUGCCUUCAGGGGUUAAUCAAGAAAAUUUACUACUACAAAUUCUUUAUAGAAAUAAAGAGGAUAUAUUAAAUGAACGUGAUUAUAUGAAUAAUAAUUAUUUUGAGAGUUGUAAGAAAGAUAAAAGUAUGGAUUUAUUAAAAAAUUCAAAAGAAGAUAUGGAAAGAGAAAGAAUAAAAACUUAUUAUGAAUUUUAUAAUUCUACAAAAUAUGAACAUAUUCAUAAAUAUGGAAAAGCAAAUAAGUUUAUUAAUUUUUAUAAUGAUAAAAAUAUUUUAUAUAAUUAUAAGGAACAUAUGGAUACACUCCAUAUACAAAAAAAAAAAAGUGAUUAUGUAAAUAGAAAGGAAAAAGAGAAAUAUAUAAAUGAACAUUAUAUGAAUGAUAUAUUAAAAAAUAUACCCACGUCUAAUAAUAUGUCAUCAAAUGUUUUAUUGCAGUUAUAUAAUAAUUCUAAGAAUGUAAAUAAUUUAAAUAUUCAUAAUACAGAUUUUAUAGAACUGCAUGAUAUUUUUGAUGAAAAAAAAUUGGACAAUGUAAAAAAUAAAGAUUUCUGCUUUUAUAGAAAUAUAAAUAUGAAAAAGAAAAUAAAUAAAAAUAAAGAAUCUUAUAAGGAAAUGAAUUAUGAGCAAAUAAAUCAUCCACAGGAUGAAGAAAGCGAACAAGAAGAUAUAAAAAAAUAUAAAACAGAUACAAGUAAAAAACAACAUAAAAUAGGAAAUACCUAUAAAAUGGAAGAGAUAAAAAGUGAUUAUGAAAAUGUAAAUAAUGACAAUAUAAAAGUUGAAAAUGAUGAUUAUAUAAAUGGUGAUGAUAUUAAUGAUGAUGAUAUUAAUGGUGAUGAUAUUAAUGGUGAUGAUAUUAAUGGUGAUGAUAUUAAUGGUGAUGAUAUAAAUGAUGAUGAUAUAAAUGAUGAUUAUAUAAAUGAUGAUUACAUUAAUAAUGAUGAUAUUAAUAAUGAUAAUUUAAAUAAUGAUCGCCACUUUUAUAAUAAUGAUGAUGCUGUUUAUAAUUCUGGAGAUUCAAUUAAAGAAGAAGAAAUAAAUUUUUUAGAAGAAAAAUUUUGUUCGAAAGAAGAGGAAGAAAUUCAUAUAUCUAAAAAAUCAUCUGAUAAUGAAUUUAAUAGUUAUGACCAAUUAGAUAUGGAUAAAGAAUUUAAUUUUAAUGAUGAUAAUAUAAAUAAUGUUGAUAAUAUGGAUGACCUUCUUAAUAUUGACAAUAUGGAUGACCAUCUUAAUGAUGAUAAUAUGAACAAGCUACUUAGUGUUAAUAAUAAUGAACAAGUUGAAUUAGAUAAUAUAUCUGAAACAUUUAAUUUAAUGGAAAAUAAACAUAAUGAAAAGAUAUAUGAUAAGGAUGAAAAUAAUCUGCUAGAUGUUCAUAUAGAUAAUAAUAAUAAUAAUAAUAAUGAUAAUAAUAAUAAUAGUGAUAAUUAUUAUAAUAUUCUUUCGCCUGAUAAUAUACACAAAAAUGUUGAUGAGCUCUCUUUAGAUUCAUUUUAUAAGAACACAAAUAAUAAUGAGGAAAAUGAAGAAAAAAAAAUAGAAACUGACAAUAUCAACGAUGUACUAACAACAUAUGAAAAAAUAAAAGAAAGUGAUAAAAAUAUCGUUUUAAAGAUUAAAUAUAAAGAGGAAGAUUUUAAUAGUUAUAAUAAAGAUAGCUUUUCAUCAUAUGAAUAUAAUUUAAAAAAGAAUUAUAUAAGUAGCCAUGAUGAAGAAGAAUAUAAAGAUAAACUAAAUUAUAGCGCAAGUGAUAAUAACAAUGAUAAAAACUUUAAUUUAUUAAGUGAGAAAGAUGAUAGUACUAAUAUGGAUAUUAUGAAUAAUAUGAAUGUAAAUAUAAAUGAUGAAGAAGAAGGUAUAAAUAAUUUUUAUAUGAAUAAUAAAAAAAAAAAUGAUUUAAAUAAUAUUAUGUAUGUAUAUGAAAAUGAUCAAGAUGAUGAAAAUAAAGAUAUAAAUAUAAAUAUAAAUAAUAAGAAUGAUAAUCAUAAUAAUAAUAAUAAUAAUGAUUACAAUCAUAGAUUUAAUGAUGAAUUUAAUAUAAAUAAAAAAAAAAUAAAAAAAAAAGAAAAUGAAUAUGAUUAUUUUAAAAAUGUUUAUGAAGAUUAUAAACAAUAUUCAUUAUAUGAUGAUAUGAAUUUGUAUGGUAAUAAUAUUAUAAAUAAUGUAUAUAUAUAUAUGUUAUUAAAUUAUAAAUAUCUACAUAAUUAUCAUACAAAAAAUACAUUCAUCAAUAAUAAUAAUAAUAAUGAGAAUGAUAAUACGAAUACGAAUACGAAUAAGAAUGUUAAUAUGAUAUUAUAUCCAUAUAAUAAUGAAGAUUAUUUUGAUUAUGUCACGAACAAAAAAAUAUCAGAAAAAGAUAUUUUAUAUAAUGAAUAUAUUAUAAAUGAAUUAUUUAAUAUAAAUGAGAAUGAUAAAUCUAAUAUGUUAAGUAAUUCAGAAAUAAUGAAAAAUAAAAAAAAUAAUAAUACUUAUUAUUAUGACAAUAACAUGAUACAAUUUAAUGAUAAAAAUAAUUUAGUUACAUGGAAUAAGGAGAGAAACAUAUCUAACAAUGCUAAUAUAGAAAAUAAACAUUUAUUUGCUGAAGGUACUAUAAAUAAUAAUUCCUUAAAUAUUUUAAAAAAAAAUAAUGAUUUAUUUUUUAAAGACAUAGACAAAUAUAUGAAUGAACACAUUGUCAAUAGUAAUAGUAAUAGUAGUAGUAAUAUAUUCUUAGAUAAUUUUAGUAAAUUAUUAUCAAAGGUAUAUGAUAUGAAUCUACAAAGAGGAGAAAAUAAUUCUAAUAAUGAUAAUAUGUUAGAAUAUAUCAAUAAAAUGCUAUCAGUUGAAUUACAAAAGAAUCAACUCAUAUCUUAUAUGUUAAAUAAUUUAUUUUUAAAAGAAAAGGAUAUAUCUGAUGCAUUAUUAAAAUCAUUAAUUUAUCGUUAUGAUGAAUAUAAAUAUUUAAAAGAAGAUUUAUUUUUAAAUAAUUCUCAUUUCUAUAAAUUAAAAAGAAAUGAAGAAUAUAUAAAGCUAACUAUGAAACAUUAUGAUGAUUAUAAUAUAAAAGAUGAACUAUCAUCAAAAGGUUUAUGUCUUAAAAAUGAAAACGAUUUUUUAUAUAAUACAUAUAAUAAUAAUAAUAAUAAUAUAAAUAAUGAUGAAGAUGAUAUAUUUAUACAAAAUAAAGAAUUAAGAUUAAAAGCAGUUGAAAAGGUUUUAAAUAAAAGUGACAAUAUAAUAUUUUUUUCGAAUUUAAAAUUAGAUAAUAUUUAUAAAAAAAGAAAUCCACAUAAAAUUGAAAAUUUAUCUAUAUCAUAUAAGAAUGCAUAUAUACAUACACGUAUGACAAAUGAUUAUUAUUAUAAUUAUUUAUUUGCUAACAUACAAGGGGUAAUAGCUUAUUCUCGGUUUCAUAAAUUGGAUUUUAGAACUUUGAUACAUCAAUGUGUGGAUGAAAAAAAUUAUGAUAAAGAAAAGAAGAUAAAAAUGAAGUUGAAUAUUAAUAUGGAUAUUAAUAUGAAUCUUAGAUCAUAUGAAAAACAUAUAUUAUUAAAAUGGACAGAAAGAAAAAAUGAGACAUUAAGAAGAUCGUAUAUGUUUUUAAAAAGAGGAGGUCGAGAUUUUUUUAUGAGAAAUGGUAAUAAUAAUAUGAUUGGAAAUAAUAAUAUGAGUGGAAAUAAUAAUAUGAGUGGAAAUAAUAAUAUGAUUGGAAAUAAUAAUAUGAUUGGAAAUAAUAAUAUAAAUGAAAAUAAUAAUAUAAAUGAAAAUAAUAAUAUAAAUGAAAAUAAUAAUAUAAAUGAAAAUAAUAAUAUAAAUGAAAAUAAUAAUAUGGAUGAUAUACAUACAAAUAAUAUUAAUGCAUGUGAAAAUAUAUUUAAUAACGAAUGUGUAAAAAGUUCUAUAGAUGCUUCACCAAAUGAUAAUAUAAAUAAUUAUAAAAGUAAAUCGUCUUAUGAAUUAUUUCAUUUAUAUAAUAUAGAUAAAAAAAACAAAAUAAAAAAAAAAAAAAAAAAUAUGUACGAAAUUAUAAAUAUCUUAUAUACAUCUAAUUUUGAUUUUAGUGAGUAUAUUUUAUGUGAUUGGAAAAUAGAAAAUAAAUUUGAUGCAUGUGAGAUAAUAGAUUAUAAUGAUAAAGAACAAAUAGAUAAUCCAUCAUAUAAUUAUUAUAAUAAUUCAUGUUUAUUAUUAAAUGAUGAUGGUCCUUUAGUUGUAUUAGAAUAUAUUGAAAAGGAUCCUUUAAUACUUUUAAAAAAUGGUAUGAAUAGUAAAUUAAAUCAUUAUUUUAUAAGUGAAAAUGAUGAAAAUUUAUAUUCAUUUGAUUAUAAAAAUAAAUUAAAAAAAAAUGUAGAACCAUUUGGAGAAAUCAAUGUAAUUAAAAAUACAAUCAAUUAUUUUGGAGUACCAAUCAAGUUAAAAAGAUCUAGACAAAGAAUUACAUUACUUGAAAAUGAAUUAUUCAAAUCUUUUUUAUUUACAUAUCCAGUUUAUUAUAUGAAUACUCGUCAAAAAAAUAGGUCCUUAAUAAACAAAUAUCCUACUAAUGAUAAUAAAGGUGUUCAUAUUUAUUCGUAUGACGAAAAAUAUACAAAUCAAAAUAAUCUCAACCUCCAACACAACAAUAAUAAAAAUAUCGACAGUAAUAAAAAUAUCGAUAGUAAUAAAAAUAUCAACAAUAAUAAAAAUAUCAACAAUAAUAAAAAUAUCAACCAUAAUGAUAAUAAUAAUUAUUAUUAUUAUAAUGAUUCACAAGAUAUAAAUAAAAUUAAUAAAUAUAUGAACACGUCUCAAUUAGAUUUAGAAAUAAAUUCUUUUGAAGAUAUAGAAGAAGAUGAAGAAGAAAAAAAAAAUAUGGAUGAAUACAACGAUAAUGAUACAAACGAUACAUCUUUUUAUAAUUCCGAUUUUUUACUUAUAAGAAAUUUUUCUUAUAAUAAAAAUAGAUAUUUUAUUAAACCCUUAUAUGUAGAUGUAGAUAUAUAUAGGGAAGAAUAUAAAAGAGAAACUAUGAAAAGAAAAAAUGAAUAUCUUAUGCAAGAAGGAUAUAAUAUAAAUAAUGAGACGGACAUUUUAAAUGUUGAGACGGACACUUUAAAUGUUGAGACGAACAAUUUAAAUGUUCAGACGGACAAUUUAAAUGUUGAGACGGACAAAACGGUGAAGGAAGAAUAUAAUGAUAAAGACCAAUCUAAUAACUACAAUUCUUAUUAUCUCGAAAAGAAUAAUCCAUCAUAUUAUAAAAGUAUUAAUAAAAACGAUAUGAGAAGAAACGAAAAUGAAGUAGAAGUAUUUAAUAAUAAUAGUGUCGAAACUAUAAAUAGUAAUAAAUCUAUAAAUUCAGAAGGAUACAUAAAAGAUACUAACAGUGAUAAAAUAGAUGAACAGAAUAAUUUAUAUUAUAAAAAUAAUAUGAAUGAUUAUGCAUAUGAUGAGAAUAUUAAUAAUUAUAUUAAUAAUGAAUAUUCAGAAGGUAUUAUGAAGAAGAAUUAUUUUAAUUGUAUAUUUUAUAAUGUAGGUUUUUUAGAUAUUAAUAUAGAUGUAAUGAAUCCAUUAUAUAAAAGAUAUCUUAUAGAAAAACGUAAUUAUGUAAGAAGUUGGAUAAUAAAAUUAAUAGUAAAAUAUAAAAUUAAAGAUUCUAAAAAAAUAAAAGAAAUAUUGAAAAAAAAAUUAAGUUUAUUUAUAAAUGAAAAAGAUAUUAAUGUUAUUGUUAAAUCUUUAGAUGUCAACUUAUUAUUAAAUAAAAAUUAUAUGGAUGAUGAAGAAGAAAAAAAUUUUUAUAAAAUAAAAAAUGUAUGUAUUAUAGAAUGUAUUUAUCAUUAUUUACAAUUAUUUAAAUAUGAAGGUAUCGAUUUUAAAACUGUUAUAGAUAAUCAACAUAAAUUAAAUGAAAUCAUUUCUGUUUUUAAAAUAGAAAAGCAAAGAUCUAUACAAAAUAUUAAUAAUAUAAACAAAAAAAUAAAAUAUAUCUAUAAUAAAUAUUGUUAUAAAAAGGAAGCUAAAACAGUUCAGUUCAAUAUUGAAAAAAAAGAUAUACAAAUCUCAUCCAUUAAAAAUUAUUAUUUUGCAGGAAAUUUUUAUUAUGAUAAUAAUAUGUUGAACUAUUUCUAUUACAUUAAAUAUAUUAUUUCCUAUUCACCAUGGAAUAUAUUUAAAGAUUAUGUUAAUGUCUCAAGUGACAACAAAAAGGAAAAAAAAAAUAAAAAAUAUCAAAAGGAUGUUAAAAAUGAGAAAAAUAGCACCAAAAAGAAAAAAAAAAAAAAUAAUAAAAUUAAAAAAUCACACCGGGGUGAUACUGUUACGAGUAAUAGUAGUAAUAGUAGUAGUAGUAGUCGUAAUAGUCGUAAUAGUAGUCGUAGUAGUAGUCGUAAUAGUCGUAGUAGUAGUCGUAGUAGUAGUCGUAAUAGUAGUCGUCGUAGUGAACUCUCCUUAGAACAUUAUAAAUCCAGCGAUAAUACAGAUAUGUCUAGUAUGAGUAAUUAUCCUUACCAUUCAAAGAAACACAAAAAAAGUAGCAAUGCAAAAGAAAAACGUCAAAAAAAUCUAAAAGUUAAAAAUAAAAAAACCAUUUCACAUGCACAUAACGAGAGUUACACAAACAGCGAAAAAGACGAACAAGAAAGAGAAGAAAUAGACAAAGUAAAAGAAAACAUAAAGGAAAAAGAAAAUAAAUUAAUACAAGAUUUUGAAUCAAAUAAUGAUGAAAAAAUUCAUUUACAUUUGGAAAGUACAUAUAAGUCAGAUGAUUCUACGUCAAAAGAAUCUGAAUCAAAUGAUUCUACGUCAAAAGAAUCUGAAUCAAAUGAUUCUACGUCAAAGGGAUCUGUAUCAAAUGAUUCUACGUCAAAGGGAUCUGUAUCAAAUGAUUCUACGUCAAAGGGAUCUGUAUCUAAUGAUUCAUCAUCAAUUGAGUACACCGAAAGUGAUACAAAUGAUGACAUGGAUAGAAAGAUAAACAAAACAGAUAAGAGGAAUAAAAAAAAUAAAAAGAGUAAAAAAAGAAAUGGUAACAUAAAUAAUGAUUCAGAUGAAGAAUUAAAUAAAAAGGAAAUACAAAAUGAUUCUAAAGAUUCAGAAAUAGAAAAGAAUAGUGAUAACAACGACAAUAAUAAUAAUAAAAAGGUGGGAAGAAAGAAUUAUUUUUAUGCAACAUAUUUGUAUAGCCAUGUAGUAUAUAAUUCUCAAUUACAAAGUGGAAAUAUUGCAUUUCAAAGGAACAAAUAUAAUAAUAAUAAUAAUAAUAAUUAUAAUAAUUUGUAUGGAAAGAAAUAUAAACAACAACAAAUGAAAAAUAAAAUAUUUAUGCAGAAUAAUAAUAUUAUGAAAAGAGGAGAUAUAAUAAAUAAAAGAAUAAAUAUGUCUGAAAAAAGACAGAAAAGACAAGGGAAUAAUACUUUUUCUAAAAAUAAUAUGGGAUACCAUUUUAAUAUGAAAGGAAAAUAUAACUUUAGUUAUUUUUAUAGAAAAUCAAAUAAUUUAAAUGCUGAUGUAAAGGAUAUAAAAAAAAAAAAAAAAAGUUAUAUGAAUAAUAACAAUACGAAUUAUAUUGAAGGUGAAAAGAAAGGAACAUAUGAUGGGUAUUAUAAAUAUGACAAAGAAGAAAAUAUGUUUGAAAAAAGGUAUCGAAUGGAAGAAUAUGGAAUGAAUAAAAAGAAAAAUAUUACCAUUAAUAGUAAUAAUAAUAAUAAUAAUAAUAUGAUGAUGAAUAAUAUUAUUUUAGGGGGUGAUGAUGAUGAAGAUAUAGAUAUGUUGAAUAAUAACAAAAUAUAUAAUAAAGAUCAAAUGAAUCGAUUAAGUGUAUAUAGAAAUAGCACAUUAAUUGAUAAUAAUAAUAAUAAUAAUUUGUUUAUGUCAGGAAAAGAUUUAAACAGAAAUAUUAAUAUCUCUCUAUAUAUGAAAUGCAUAACCCAUUUUAGCAUUAAAGAUUUAUCAAAGACACUUGUAAGCAUUGGAUUGCAUAAUAAAGUUAUAAAAAGUAUGAGCAGAAAUGAGCAAAUAAAUUUAAUAAAGAAGAAUAUAGGAAAUGAAAAAAUAUUAACAAGUACAAAUAAGCUGAUACAUAUAUAUAUGAUAAAGAAAUUAAUUAUUGAACAAUAUAAAAAUUUACAUCAUCCAGUGUAUUUAAAAUAUAAUAAAAAUGUUUUAUAUAUAGAUGAAAAAAAAAGCUUAAUAAAUCAAAAUGAUAUGAUUCGUCAAAAUAGAGAAAUGAUAACAAAGAAUAAAGAAAAUUAUAAUUAUCUAUAUAAUAAAAUAGAUAAUACAAAUAAUAUACAGACUAAUAAUAAUGAUAAUUAUAAACAUUUGAAUAAUAAAAAUAAUGGUUUUUAUGAUAAUGAUGAUAAAGAAAGAAAAGAAAAUGAUUCAUUCAUUUUAAAUAUUCCAAAAAAAACAAAGAUAGAAAAAUCUCGAAUAAAAUUAAUAAGAAAAUUUUUCUGUGAAUCGUCAAGUGAAAAUGAAUGUUCUCAUAAAUCCUUAUCAGAUGUUGAAGUCUCUUCAUCAUCAUUUGAAUCGUCAGCUGAUUCUUUAUUAUCUGAAAAUAAGAAAACAUUACAAUGUUUAGAUGAUACGGAUAAUAUAAGAAAGAAAAAUAAAUUAGAAAAAAAGAAUAAUUUGAAAAACAAUCAUCUUAAAGGUAUAUAUCAUGAGGAUGAAAAAAAAGUAUAUGCAAAGGAUUCUUAUGAUGAAGAUGAUUUUAUUGAUGAGGAAGAGAAAAAAGAUUUAGAAAUAAUAAGAGAAAUAAAAACGAAGGAGUAUAAUAUAGAAGAUAAUGAGAAUAAUUAUAAGUUGAUACAUUGUUUAAAAUGGUCGCGUGUAUAUAUAAGAAGAAAGGAUGAUAAUACUAUGAGAGUUGUAGAAUAUGGAAAUAUAAAUACAACUAAUAUAUAUAAUAAUAAUGAUGAUAAUAAUAAUAAUGAUAAUAAUAAUAAUAAUAAUAAUAAUAAUAAUAAUAAUAAUGAUAAAAUUGACAAUAUACAAACGUUAUAUAUUUAUGGUGAAAAAAAUAUUAAUACAUUUUUAAAAUGGAAACGAUUCAGAGGAAUGCUGAAAAGAUAUUUUUCUCUUUUAAAAAAUAUAAAUAAUAUUCAUAAUAAUAAUAAUAAAAAGAACAAGGUAAUGCAAAAAAAUAUUCAACAAGAUAUUUCACACACAAAAAAUAAAAUGUUUCUUGAUGAUAAAAGAAAUGUUUAUAAUUUAUAUGAAGACGAAAAUAAUGUUCAUGCUGAUGUGGAAGAUGAUGGUUUUGAUUAUUUAGAUGAUGAUACUAUUACAAGUAAGAAUUUUUAUUUAGAUAGUGAGAAUAUAAAAAAAAAUAAAAAAAAAACAAAUAAAUUUAUAAAAUAUUCAAAUAUGUUGCAGUUAAACAAAGAUCCAGCAUAUGGAAUAGAAAAAGCACUUAGUAUAUUUCCAACUGUUUGUAAUGAAUUGAAAACGUGGGAUACUUGUAAAAAAAAUGAGAAAAAAAAAAAAACAGAACAAAAGAAAAAAAUAGAAAAUGAAAAUAAAAUGCAUGAGAAAAAUAAAGAUGCUGAAAAAAAAUCAAAUUUGUUAAAAAAAAAUAAAAAUGAAGAUAAUGAUGAGGAGGUGGAUUAUAAUGAUAAACAUUCUUCGAAAAAACAAAACAAACAAAAAAUGAAUAAAAAGAAAAAAAUGAAUGAUAUAUAUAAUAAUGAUAAAAAUAAAAAAGGAAUAAACAAAAAAUUUGUAAACACCAAUUAUUCUAUAAAUAUUAAUAAAAACAAUAAAAGGUUUCAUAAUAUUAUAUCUUAUAAAAAUAAAGAUAAUAAAAAGAAUUUACAAAAAAAUAAAAUAAAAAAUAAAAAAACACAUAUCAAAAAUAAAUCAAUUAUAAAAAAAAGUAAAUCGAAUAAUGAAAGCGAAAUGAAAAAGGAACAUUCUCACGAUCAUUUAAUAGAAUUAGAUAGUGAUGAAAAAAAUUAUACUUAUAAUAAUAAUAAUAAUAAAAAAAAAAAAAAAAAUCCAGAUGAAUCAAGUGAUGUUAAGAAAAAUAAAAAUAAAAAAAGCACAUCAUCUGUAAAAUAUUUAUCACAUAGUAAAAGAUAUACAUUAAAAAAUAAUAAUAACGAUGAUGAUACAUAUAUGGAUGAUGAAGAUAUAAGUGAUAAUAGUAAUUAUUAUGAUGAUUAUCAUACUGAUAAAAAUACCAAAAAAAAAAAUAAUUAUAAUAAUAAUAAUAAAAAAAGAAAAAAGGGAAAGGAAAAUAUUGAAAGAUAUAAUACUAAUGAUGAUGAAGAAGAAGAAACGGAAGAAAUUUAUUACACAUAUGAAAAUUCAAAAUUAAAAAAAAAAAAAGGUAAUGAAUAUUAUAAUAAAACAAAUAGUAAUAAUAUAUCUGAAAAUGAAAGUAUUAAUACAAAUAUAUAUAAUAAUAAAAAUGUUAUUAUAGAUGAAGAAAAUAAAAAAAAAAAUAAAAAAGAAAAUAAAUAUAAAAAUAUUAAAGAAGUUAUAGAAAAUUUUAAUGAUACCUUAUCAAAAAUAAUGACAGAAAUAUCUAACAUAAAUAAUUAUAAAGCAUUUUUAAAUGAAGUAAAUGAAUCAUAUGCACCUUUAUAUUAUACUGUUAUUAAAAAGCCAAUGUAUAUAAAUAAAAUCAUUUUUAGAUGUAAAAAAAAAAAAUAUAAUAGUUUAAAUUCAUUUUUUGAAGAUGUUAAUUUAAUUGUUUCCAAUUGUAAACUCUAUAAUACACCUACAUCUGUUAGUGCAUACUUAUGUGAUAUUGUUGAUCAUAUGUUUAAAGAUAUUGUUAAUAAAAUAAAAAAUAAUACAAACUUACAAAAUUAUAAUCAUAUAUUAAUUCAACAUUUCUAUAAAAAUAAAAAUAUAUAUAAUAAUACCUGGGAAAGCAUACAGCUAGAUAACCUAUUGGGAGAUGAUAACCUAUUGGGAGAUGAUCAAGAUAUUCAUAAUGUAUAUGAUAAUGCACAUACACAAAAAGAAAAUAAUAAUAAUCAAGAUCCUUUGAUUUAUACUAACACAUCUGAAAAAAAUCAAGCCGAAGAAGUAUCUAAUAUGUCAGCUUUUUCUAUGGAUGUAAUAAAAUCAAAUGACACAAAUAAAAAUAUGGAUAUCGAUCAAACCAAUCAAAAUAUUCAAAAUAAUAAUAAUACAGAUGUUUAG